GAGUACAUUUUUAACAGAACCGACGUAAAAGUGAUCUUUAUUAUUCUCUAUACCGUCGUCUUCGUACCAUGCUUCCUCGGCAACAUGAUGGUGAUCCUCGUGGUGACGUUCUCUCGACGGCUACGCAGCAACACUAACUUCUUCCUAGCGAACCUCGCGCUGGCCGAUUUCUGCGUCGGCAUCUUCUGCAUCUAUCAAACUCUGUUUAACUACCUGAUAAACAGCUGGCUAUUCGGCGAUUUCCUCUGCAAGCUCUACAUGUUCGUGCACGCGUUCUCCUACACGGCCAGCGUAUUGAUCCUCGUGGUGGUGUGCGUCGAACGAUACUUGGCCAUCGUUUAUCCAAUUAAAUGCAGAUCCGUGCUGACUAGAAGCCGGCUACAGAUGGUGAUCGGGCUUGUCUGGACAGUGGCUGCGAUUUACGCCUCGCCGAGAUUCUUCUACGUCGAGACGUUGCGGCAUUUCUUGAACACCGGCGGCAUGAACAUCAUCUGCGUCGGGAACGUGCACAAACAUAACAAAAAAUUGGUGGACGCGGUGAAUCUCGUCUUUCUCUACCUAUUCCCGCUCGUCCUGAUGUGCUGUCUCUACUUGAAACUCGGCGUAGGUUUGUGGAAAAGCAGCGCUGCCCUCGGUACCACGAUAAACGGUCCAACGGGGAGGAAUAGAAACGGUACGAGAGUGCUCCGUGCGAGACGCGGCGUGAUAAGAAUGUUGAUCGCCAUGGUGACGAUAUUCGCCGUUUGCAACCUGCCUCAACAAGCUAGGAUCGCUUGGCGGAUAUGGGGCUACAAUUACGACCUCGCGUCAAACUUCAGUACUCUUCUAACUCUGUCGACUUUUCUCAUUUCGUACCUGAACUCUUGCUUGAACCCACUGCUCUACGCCUUUCUGUCGCGUAACUUUCAAAGGGGAAUGAGGGAACUUUUGAUCCGCGGAAAGCAAAGGCAACGUAGCAACGUUCUAGCGAUGGUAUACACGAAAGAAGACACGACGUCUCGUCAAGUGUUGCGAUUUCAUUCGUUCGGUCGGUCCAGUUCCGGGAAAUAA